GUAGAGCCCUGCGACUGUCAGAAGAUCCCCAGAGAAGAGCUUCAACCCCCACAACUGACUCAGGCUGUGCGUAAAAGCGCGCAAAUACCCCGUUAACCGCACCAUUCGUCUCUGUUUAAACCUCCAACUACCCAGCGGUGAAGUGUGGUUCACCUGCUCAAAGCAUCAACAGCCGGCCAGAAUAAAACAGUUCAUACGGAUGUAUCUGGAGAUGGUUAAGCUGGUCUUUUUGCUUGUGCUGCUGCUUUUCUCCAGCGUUUUCAGUCAAGAACUGGACGGAGAUAACUGGGGAUCAGAAAUCCAAGAGAACAAAUGGCCAAACAUUGAAGAUAUUUUAGUGAGAAUGACCAGAAAACCAGGACAACGCCAGUCUCUCUGCCACAGAGGGAGGAAAGGAUCGGUAAAAACGCAAUCAGCAGGGAAACGGCAUAAAUUUCAAACCUUUGUAGGCUUGAUGGGCAAAAGGAGCUCUCACUAUAAAGAAGCACCGUGAACACAAGGACGUCAGAGGAACACAGAAAAAACGUUUUCCUUUUACAUUUAAGACUGAUUUCAUUUUAGACAUCAUUUCAAUAAAUUGUGACAUGCAGUCUCCCGUUAAAAUAUAGGUGCAUCUCAACAAGUUAGAAUAUAAUGAAAACUCUAACUCACUAAUUCAAAAAGUGAAACUUUUACAUAUUUAUUCCGUAAUAAAAUUCCAGUUAACUUGUUCUGUUUGAUGCUUAUGGCUUGCAGCUGCUAAAACCAAAAAUGUAGCUCCUCAAAGAAACAUAUUACAUAAGCACAAUAAAAAAUGACUUUUUAAAUGCAGAAAUAUAUAUUUUUUUACUAUAUGGCCUGCAAACUGAAUUUGAUGAUUUAACAGAUGCUUAGCAAAACGUCAGUAACACCCUCCACAACUAGGGUAGUCCAUAAAGGGUCAUUGCUAAAGAAGCUGGCUGUUAGAGUGCUGUAUUCGAGCAUAUUACUGGAAAGGUGAGGGGAAGGGGGAAGAAAAAGUAUAGUAGAAUGAAAUGCAAAAAGCAUCAGGGAAAACCACAGACAGACUUAUCCAGGACAUGGACUGAAACUGUCACACAUCUUGUGUUUGGCCACUACCAAACAGAACAACCUUGGAAGGGUCUUAACUCGGUUGAAGAGAAACAAUAUUGGAAAUCUGCUCAAUGGUCCAAAGUCCUGACUGGAAAUCAAGGUCCAAAGUGAGGUUUCCAGUCAGUGAUUAUUUCUAUUGGUUGAGGUCUACUGUGUUUUAAGUCUAAAGUCUAUCAGGAAAUUUAGAGCACUUUGUUUCCCUUUGCUAGUAAGUUUUAUGGAGACAUUUUCUGGCAGGAUUCGGCACCUUUCCACUCUGCCAAAAAUACCAACAGCCACUUUAAUGGCUGAAGCGUAACAGCUUGAUUUUCCAGAAAACUAGCUAGACCUAAACCCCCAUAGAGACUCAAUGGAGUACUGUGAUGAGAGCCCCCAGAGAGAACAAUGUGAACAAGCUGAAGGCUGCCAUUAAGCAACCUGGGAUUCCUCAGUCUCAUGCUGUUCACCUUCAUGCCACGCAGUAUUAAUUCAGCAAUUCAUGUCAAAUUAUGUCUAUGUACCGUGCAGUAUUUGAACAUACUUUUCAGUAGGCUGUUUAUUUGUAUAUUAAAAAUGCCUUUUUUAUUUUCUCAUGUAAUAAUCAGAAUUUCAGAGAAAAAAGAAAUUUGGGGAUUUUAUUGGCUCAAAGCCAUAAUAAUCAAAAUUAACAAACACUGAAAAUAUAUCAGUGUGUCAUUAAUCUAUAUAUUACGUAUGUUUUACUUUAAAAUUACUGAGAUCAAUCAAAUUUUCAAUAUUCUCUUCUAGAGAUGCACCUCUGUUACUGAAACUGUACAUAUCAGGUACAAUGGUGACAUCUAGCGGUGGAUCAUGAAAACACACUGGAAAGCAUCACAGCCGGCCAAAACGAGUUCAUAUCAUUUUCAUAACAAACCAUCACACUUGUAAAUACCAUCACGUUUAUUAAGUGACAUUGUACAUUACAAAUGAAAAAUAAAAUUAAAAAUAAAGAUGGAGUACAUAGCCAAAGCAAAGUGUGGUGUUGACUUCAUUUUCCACGCAUCCGCAUCCACAGUGACGCCAAUUUUUCUUUUUAAAGCCUCCAGAGGACUUUUAUACGAGUUUGACAGAAGACACUGCUGUCAGUCUGUGAGAAUUUACUAAACAUACAAAAGUUAUUACUUUAGCUGGCUCGAUAUAUAUAUAAAAAUAAACUAAAAUGAAAUAUAACACUUAUAAAUGGUGGUCCAAGGCUAGAGGAAAUAGCUAAACACAGAGAAAAGAACUUGUUA